AUGGACGCCCUGGCUAUCGACUUCGGCGCGGGUGAGCUUGGCCCGGAGUCGUCCUCCAGGCUGGAGGCGCUAGGCCAUGCCUUGGUUCUCCAUCGAAGCGUGGAUGAAGGUUUGGGGCACCAUCGUCAUCGGCUCGGCGACGCCCUACGUGAGUUGGCUGCGCUGGCGCAUGUCCCCGCGGAGUGGCUGCUGCGCUGCCGUGCUGUCAAGGCGGCUGGUGACCGCGGCCGGCACGAGGCGUGGUCCAGGGGCGACGUGCACUCGGAGAAGCGCGUCGAGGACGCCGCGGAGCCGAGUGUGGCCCUGCUGAAGGCGCUGCACCCCCAGCCGCCCGCGGUCGGGCUGGCGCCAGGCGUGUGGCUUGAGAGCGACCAGGCCGGCGCCCUGCUCGGAGCCCUCGGCGUCGAGGCUGUGGUUUACGUGUGCGCUGCUCGGCCGCCCCGCGCUGUCUCAGCGGUCGAGUUCGCGCAGCCCGUGGCGUUGCGGAUGGGGCCGCCCCCUGUGCUCGGCGAGCAGUUCGGCAUGGCGGCCGACGCCCAGCUCGUGCAGUCUGAAGCGCCAGGCGAUUUGCUGGCAACCAGCGCCUUCGGGCAGGGAGUGGCUGCUGGCUGGAGGCUGGCGGUCCAGGCCUCGGCGCAGCAGCAGCAGCAGCAGCAACAGCAGCACACGGUACAGGAGGCCGUUGAGAAGGAACAUGAGGACGGCGCCUGCCAUCGUGCGGGGGCCCAGGCACCGGAGCGCUUCGGCAGUGACGGCGGCGGCGGUGAGGCACUCUCGAACCUGUCUGCUGGAAGUGCGGCUCCCCGCGAGGCCGACGACAUUGCAGGACGAGGCUCCCGCAGCGCAGCAGGCGCGGGAGUGCAGCCGUCGGCGGUUGAGGGCGCCAAUUCCGAGGCGGACUGCGACGACGGCGCCGAGGCUGGCGCGGCCAUCGGGCAGCGGCGGGCCAUGGCCGUAUCGAACGAACGUUCUGCGAGGAUGUGCUUGGCGCAGCGGUGGGAGGGCCAGGAGCCCAAGCACGUGGACCAUGCCAUCGAACUCUUCAAGCAGUGCUUCGUCCAGGAGGCAGAGCAGCAGAACUGCGAGGUGACAGUGCCUUUCGACGUCAUCACCCGGAAGGUCCAGGCAUUCCCGAAGCGCGCCUGCACGGACUCCGCGUGCCACGUGGCCUCCUGGGGAGAGGGCAUCAACGCGGAGUCAUGGCACUACGCAACUCAUGGGCCGGAUGAGCCCUUCUCCGACGAGAGGCCGAUCCUUUUCACAGAGGUGUUGCGUGCGAUGUUGCCGAAGUUCGUCAAGCAAUUUAAGGCCCUCGGCUUCGCCAGCUACGUCCACAAGGCGGGCGCGUGGCAGGCGCGGGUCGCUUGGAGAUCUCCUGAGCCUGACAGCAUGCCCAGCUGA